AUAACUCUGGAAAAAAGAAGAAAAAUGGCCCCUGAAAAUAAUUCCCAAAUCAAAGAAUACAUAAUCGUGUAAUAACAGUACCGGAGUACCAGUAUAAAUACGUAAGAAAAAUGUCGAAAACAGACGCUGUUCCAGUAUUUGAGUUAGGGUCAGCAGGAACAGAUUUCAAAUCUAAAAGUAAGGAUAUAUUUGGUGUUCUUCAGACCUUAGAAGAUAAACAUUCAGCAGUCGAAUCGGCUCGCAGAAAAUCGGGAUCAGAAAAAGAUGAAGAAACGUUUUGGAAAAAUGACCCCAUUGUUGAACCCGAUGUGGUCAGUAAAGAUACAGCAUCUCAUGAACACACUAACAAAUUAAAGGGAAGUUACUCUAAUAGGUCUUCGGAUAAGGGAGAUGCGAGUAAUUUCAGAAAACCGUACUUUAGACCUCCGUCUAAUAGGCGGUUUAACAAACAGAUAAUCCCAGACCAUAAAAUACAUCCAGAGAAGUACACAUGCUAUAGUCUCGGAGAUGUUUCUUCUUCAGAUAUGUCAAAUACUUCAAAUAGUCGAGCAGCUUUCGAUUUUCUCGAAGAGCGACGUAAAUUUCGCGAGCAACAGGAAAGAGGUUCGGACGAAGAAGAAGCCAAAGUUGAUGUCAGCGACACAGCAUGCUCCAGGGGGGUCUUCACUUUUAAGAAAAGGAACAAGACUGACGAGCAAUCAGAGAAAAAAGGUGAUAAAUCAAAGGAUAAAACUGUUGUUAGUUUAGCCGAGGAAGAACCAGAGGAUGAUGAGGAGAAACAAAACGAAAAAACAGAGGAGAUAGCAUGUUUUAAACCACGUAAAUCUAAACAAAGAAAUAUCCGAGUUCGUGAAGAUGCUGAGGAUGAAGACGAAUAAAUGUAUAUAAAGAAUUGUUUAAUUAAUUUGUUUAUUAUGAAAAAUGGGUGGUGCACGACUUAAAAUUUACUACACGAUUUGACAUUAAAUAGAUACAAAUCGAUGUUUUAGAUACAACAAAUUGAUGUGUUAUAUACAUCUUUGUGGAUACCUUCUUAGCAACAUGUGGUAGACAUGCAGCUCAUUACAUUUAUAUUUGAAGUACAUUUAUUGUAAGCAUUUGUUUGUUGGAAUGGAACUACAACUAUUAACCCUUUCGCUACUGGUCACUAGCUUACUGACCCUAUUUCUACUAUAGCUAUUUUAAUAAAAUGGUAACGGGUAACCUAGAAGUUUUGUGAUGACUCAUUGAUCAGGCCCUAUGUAAUGCCAAUGAAAGUUAGCUUUAGGUCAUUGCGGUCUAUUGUUUAUUGUGCUCGUUGUUAUUCUAGGCCUAAUUUGGGACCCGGUGUAGCGGAGACAUCUCACAGACAAUUUAUGAUGUGUGUUUUAAUCUGGUGACUAGGCCCUACGUAAUAAAAGGUUAAAUGGACUAUGAUUUAAUAUUUUACUUUUGUUAAUAAUCCUACAUUAUUUUAUAUAGCAGUAGUCAUUGCUAGACAUUAAUCUAAAACAAGUAGUGAUAGGUGUGGUGCACAAGGUCGGGUAUGCAUACUCUUCAUGGAAUGUUGCUGAACUUAAAGAGUUCACAAGACCGUUACAUGCAUCAUUUUUAUAUGCCCACAUUGAAAUGAAGUCGUAUGUUGUCGUGGCCCUGUCCGUCUGUCUGUCCGGCGUCCACAAUUCCUUGUGGAUGCUCUAGAGGCUACAGUUAAUACCCGAUUGACUUUAAAUUUAUACACAGUGAUUUUUAACUAUUUCCGAUAAUUAUUGCCAGAGUUAUGUCCCUUGAUCACUUUGAAAGAUCUUGUGAGCCCUCUGAAGACUAAAGUUAAUAUAAAUUGCUUAAGGUCAUGAGACGAACAAUUGAAACAAAUUCUAAUGUUUUCUGAUCAUUACUUAAUGGGUUAUUACUCGUAAUCAGAUUUUCAUAUGUUGUAAAUGUUCUCAUGACUGAAAAAAGAAAAAAUAUGCGACAACCCUUGUUGACUGCCUGGACGACUUAACUGCUGCGGCUGUUUUUCGUUGCCUGGCAACCUAUAUGUUUAUAACAGUAUUUGUUGUGGUUUUGUUUUUUAUGUGUCAAAUUAGCCCUACAGUAAAUCUUUCUUGUGUGUUAUGAUUACUGGUAGACAUGACAACAGCAAGGGUAUUUUAAUGAGAGAGUUGUAUAAUGUACAUGUAUAUUUAUAGGCUGUGUGUAUCUCAUAGCAAUCUCCAUGCAUCUCCUAGUUAAGAGCUUUGCACCAAUCUGAUUAAAAUCAAUUUUGAUUGGCUAAGCACUAAAAUCAAUCUAAUAUUAUCCAAUCAAAUUACUAAAAUCUAGAUUUUAUCUUAGUUAAAAUUUCGUGAAACAGGGCCCAGAUCUUUAUUUCCUCCGGUUUCCUCCCGCUAAUCAAACCCCUACAUGUACGUGCAGGCACAUUAUUGAAAUAAAAUUGCACCAUAUAGUGGUCCCGAAAUGACCUACUUUGUGUAAAGAUGGCGUUAAACCACAUUUCUGGCUCUCUCUCUGUUAAAAAGAAGAGAGGCGAGAAGGUCUGAUUCAAUGAGACUAGCCCUGCACAUAUCAUUAUUCUUUUGAUGUCACUAUUAUGUUAACUGUGUUAUAUGUUUUGGUGCAUCUAAGCAACUCUGUUGGUUUUUUAUUCAUAAGAUGUACUUUCAAGCUUUAUACAUUAUUGCUUGUUUUUUUGUUAUUUUUAAUGAAAUAUUACUAAAAUUACUGUAUGACCGUAAUAAAAAUGGUAAAAAUCUU